UUAAUUUAUUUUAUUUUUGAAGGAUAGUUUAUUUUGGUCCGCAUGCCAAAAAUUGACAAAGUUCCUGAUUUUUAUCAUUGCAAUUUUGUUUUUUUAAUUUUUUUAAUUUUGUAUUAUAGUUUUUAAAUGUUACAAUCGAUGGAUAGAAGGGAAAACGCACUUCGUGAGGCUCUCGAUGAAAAUGAAAGAGAAACCGAGCAAUGGAAAACGUUUAUUGAAGAAAAUGAGACUGCAAUUAAUAAUAUGAAUAUGUUUAGUAAAAAGUUAACUGUGGAUGUUAUGGUCCCAUUUGGAAAAAAAGCCUUCUUCCCUGGCAGAAUUAUACACACCAAUGAGGUUCUAGUUGCUCAUUAUCAAGAUUAUUUUUCAGAAUGUUCGGUGUAUGUUGCAACAGAAAUUUGUAAACAGCGUAUUGAAAAUGGAAAAAAACGUUUAAAAGAAAUUGAAGCCGAAAAGGAUUUAUUCCAAAACAAACUAGAAAAACCGUACUUGGACGGAGCUCUGCCACAAAGUGAAGAACGGGAAAUCAUAGAAGAAUACGAUGAGGAAAAGGAAAGAAUUUGGAGGGAACAACAUCGACAACGCGUAAAAGAAGCAAAACUCAAAGAAAAAGAAGAACGUGAAGAACUUAUGAGUAAAUGUGCCGUCAACAAUGUCUUUAAAUCACUAGAAGACGAUGAAAGAUCCAUCAGUGAACUUAAUGAUGAACUAAACGAACUCGAAACGGAAUACGCAAAAGAAACGAAUGAUCUUUUAAAUAAGCUAAUAAAUGGGGAAAUAAAUUUACCUCCACCAAAAAAAAGAAUUGCUCAUAACAAAACAGUAAAACAAGAUGUAGAAGAAAAUUUGGAACAAAUCAAUACUGAAAAGGGUCACAAAGCUGAGCUUAAAUUAAAUGAUUCUUCUAAAAUUUGUGAAAACAAAAGUACGACGAUAGAAGAUGAUAACGACUCGGACACUUCCACUUCUGAAAUCCCAGAAGAAAUUCGUUUGAUUGAAGAGCAAGCAGAAUAUCUUCCCGAAAACGACAGAAUCGGUUUCUAUCAGUAUCAGCUUCAAAUAAUUGAUCAAAAAAUAGCUAAACGCACAUUCACCAACAAUAUAGAGCUAGAAGAAAAAUUGCAUUUAUUUAAAGUAAGGGAUUUUUUGGAAGAACUUCUCGAGGAUGCUUUACCUGUUUUGGAGCCCGAUUCUGAAAUAAAUAUUGUACAAAAAGAAGAUGACGCGGUAAAGAAUUUAACUAACGCCCCCAAAAGGCGAAUAUCAUUUGCAGAAGAAAACGAAAUGCUAGAGUUUCGAAAAAAUGAGACCGUCGCACAAAUGCUGCCAAAUCCAAUUUCAAAAGAGAAUACUCCGAACCGAGACAUUAUUCGCCUAGAUGAACCUAUUCUCAGCGAACAAGUCGUAGACAAUUCCGAAGAAAUACUAACGGCUCCCUUAGAAAAAAGAAAAACAAUUCUUGAGAAGGUUGAGGAAAACUUAAAGAACAAUAACCUGGAAGAUGCAGAUUUAGUAAAUAAAAUCAUUGAUUCGAGUGCCAACCAUAUCCAGACUCUCCAUAUACAUUUCAAACACUCGUCAAAUUCUGCACCCAGCUUGGAUAAUGUACAAACAGAAACUCCCAUGACCCCUGCAGAUUUAUGCAAUUUAGUUACCAAAAAUGAAAACAACGAUCAAUCGGAAGAUGCAGAUAACAAUUUCUAUUUAAAAGAGAGUGACCGUGAAAGAGCUUACGUUGAUGUGAGAUCGGAGUUUUUAGCACCAAAAAACAAAGCCUCCGAAGCUAACCAUUCAAAAUCGAUCUUAAAAAACAAAUCCGCUGUCGAGCGAGAGAAUCAUGUUGUUGAGAAGGAAGAAAAAACAGUUAUAAAGAAACAACAAAAAAAGAAACCUGUGAACGAAGAAGAGUAUCUCAGUUCUUAUAACAAAGUUAUGGGAGAUGUUGUUGAAAAUGUAACCGAACCAGAUCCCUUGCCAAAGGAAAAAUUUGUUGAUAUGCAUGCUCCAAAAAAAAGAAUAAGUAGAUUCAAACAAAUGCGAGCGGCAAACGAUUAACUCGAAUUGUAAAUAUAAAUUUGAAAUAUCUACAGAUUUAUGUAAUAUAGUGUCUAUAGAAACUGUUCAAAGAAGAAAAAGUUUAACAUUUUGAAUAGUUUUUACUUUUGAAUUUAAAUUUUAAAAACCAAAAAAAAUGUUUCAAGUAAUUGACAUUAUCGACGUAAGGCUACAAAACAAUAAACAUAUUUAUACAAAGAAAAA